CAAACAAGGCAAACGGCCAAUUUGCGUGUGUGCUGGAGAUUGAUUGUUGUUGUUGUUAUUGUUGUUUUCGGUGGUUGCGUGAAAGUCGUUCGAGCAUUUCAAGACAUUGUUGCUUAGUUUAAAUUACAGCAAAAGUUCAAUGAAAUAAUUAAGGAUACGAAACAACAACAACAGCAAAUAAUCAAGUGAAAACAUAGAAGAAAUCAAAACAAAAUCAACUGCAGCUGCUAAAUUAAAGCUAUAAUUAUGCUGUUUCUCACAAAGAGUUCAAGUGCGCGACGCUCAAUGCUCGCCUUGCUGCUGGCAUUGUGUUGUCUGAGCUGCGCACUGGGCGCUAAAAUCACCAAAAAGGUCGAAAAGCCGCCGGCUAAUGCCAGUAACAAUGAAGACAAAGCCGAGACAGAUUCAGCAGUAGAAGAAGCAGCCGAGGCAGCCGAAGACGACAACGAAAAUGAGGAUGAGGAAGAGGAGGAUGCUGAUAGCGAUGAUGAUGACGACGAUGAAGAUGAUGAGGAGGAGGAAGUAAAAAAGAAAAAACCAGCUGAUAAGGAUGCUGCAGUAGCUGCCACAACAACAACAUCUACAAAAAACAAGAACGAAGUGAAGCCAGCUGUUGAUCCCACAGAUCUGAGUGUUUGGGGCAUGGUCCGCACACUCUGGAGUUGGCUGCGCAGCGAUCUAAGUGAAAGUCUUUUCGGUGAUGACGAUGAAAAACCCGCAGCAACAACAGCAACAGCUGCCGUGGAGGGUCGUACGUUUGGCAAGAUUCGUCGCCUGCAGAUGGCUUUGAUACCUAUCAUCUUUAAGUUUGGAGUUCUCUCGGCCAUGGUGGCAUUCCUGGUGGCCAUUGGAAUGAAGUCGCUGUUCCUACUCAAGGUGCUGGUUGUGAUGAAUGCACUCGCUAUUUUGGGCAAAUUCCUGACGCUGAAGACAAGUCUAUUUGGUUCCUAUGAGCAUGCGGCACCCAGCUUCAGCUAUCCCGGCUGGAAUACACAUGCCAAGGAGUCUUGGGCACCAACUGGCCUCAGUGCAUCUGGACCACCAUCUGGUCCCCAUCCGCCCAGCAAGGAGAUUCAUUUACACAUACACGGCAAUGCUCAGACCCAAGCACAGUUGGCCAGCCAAGGCUAUAACUAUGAGACAACUGGUGGUUGGGCCAGUCGCUCCGAUCCCUACAGUGCCUACCUACAGGAUCAGCCAACCGCAGAGGUGCCCAACAAUACGGAUCCCAUGUCGCUGCUGCCCACAAAGUACCCGGCGAGAAACUUGAUUCGCUGAGCGGCUUUGAACUGCGGCUAACGACCACCGAGUAACAUUUUAGUCAGCGACUUUUCUGGGGGCGCAGCUUUACGUAAUUACAUACAUAACACAAAUCAACUAGUUGAAAGUUUUGAUAAGAUUUACAAGUUAAUUAAAUUAUAUUCGCUGUAAAUAGUCAUAAGACGAUUGCUUAUAAUUUAUUUAUUUAUAAUAAAGACAUAGCAUAAAAAAACAUA